CCAUGUUCAUUGCAGGAAAUGUUUGAUGCGACUCUGAAAGACAGGAAGCAGAGUUUCGACUCGGCCCCCGGUACCACCAUGUUCCUCCACUGGCUGGUGGGCAUGGUCUACGUCUUCUACUUCGCCUCCUUCAUCCUGCUGCUCCGAGAGGUGCUCCGGCCCGGCGUGCUGUGGUUCCUGAGGAACCUGAACGAUCCAGACUUUAACCCGGUGCAGGAGAUGAUCCACCUGCCCAUCUACCGACACCUGCGCAGGUUCAUCCUCUCUGUGGUGGUGUUUGGCUCCAUAGUUCUGCUGAUGCUUUGGCUUCCUAUACGAAUCAUUAAACUGCUCUUCCCAAACUUCCUGCCCUACAACGUCAUGCUUUACAGCGACGCCCCCGUCAGCGAGCUGUCGUUGGAGCUGCUGCUGCUUCAGGUGGUGCUGCCGGCGCUGCUGGAGCAGGGCCACACCCGCCAGUGGCUCAAACGCCUCGUCCACGCCUGGACCUUCACAACUGGAUACAUGCUUGACCUUCACUCCUACCUGCUGGGAGACCAUGAAGAUGAUGAUGAUGAUAAUCCAAACAACAACCCUCCCGAUCGCCAUAACAACAGGUUCCCUGGUCUGGGGGAGGGGCUUCACGCUGCCCAUCAGGCCAUUCUGCAGCAGGGCGGUCCUAUCGGCUUCCAGGCGUACCACCGGCCCGUCGACUUCUCCCUCAAGAUCGUCCUCCUGGUCAUCUUCAUGUGUGUGACGCUGCUGCUGGCUAGUCUGCUCUGCCUCAUACUGCCGGUGUUUGCUGGCCGCUGGCUGAUGUCGUUCUGGAUGGGCAGCGCCAUGGUUCACGAGCUGUACACGGCGGCCAGUGGCCUGUACAUCUGCUGGCUGUCCAUCCGAGCCGCCACCGUGGUGCUGUCCUGGAUGCCCCAGGGGCGCACCAUCAUCCUGACCAAGGUCCACGAGUGGAGCCUCAUGAUCCUAAAGACCCUCGUUGUGGCCGUGCUGUUGGCCGGGGUGAUUCCUCUGCUGCUGGGUCUGCUGUUCGAACUGGUCAUCGUCGCUCCUCUCAGAGUGCAGCUGGACCAGACGCCUCUCUUCUACCCCUGGCAGGACUGGGCCCUGGGCGUGCUUCAUGCUAAAAUCAUCGCUGCCAUCACACUGAUGGGCCCCCAGUGGUGGCUCAAAACCGUCAUCGAGCAGGUGUACGCUAAUGGUAUCCGCAACAUCGACCUCCACUUCAUCUUGCGGGGUCUGGCGGCCCCCGUCAUCUGCGUCCUGCUGCUGUCUCUCAGUGUUCCCUACACCAUCUCUAUAGGCAUCACACCACUUCUUGGUGUGACACCAGAGAUGCAGACGCUGGUGGAGCGGAGGAUCUAUCCCCUCCUGAUGAUGGUGGUCAUUCUGUUGGCCGUCCUGUUCUUCCAGAUACGACAGUUCAAACGCCUCUACGAGCACAUCAAGAACGACAAAUACCUGGUGGGGCAGCGUCUGGUGAAUUAUGAGCGCAAGAACGGCAGGAGGAUGUCCACCUCCUCGCACAGCUCCCCCUCUUAAACGCUGGAGCUGACUCGCUCUGCACAGCGCUGAGAUCUGAGUUUCCCUCAGCUCCCGUGGUGAAACUUUUUUUAUAGUUUGCUCCGUGCUUGGCUGUCAAAUGCCAACUUCAAACAAUCUCUAAACGUUCACCUGCAGCCUAGUCUUCUUAUUCAAUUACUGCUGUGAGACAUUGAGGAGUGAAGACAAACAAUUCUUCAUGGAACAUUUCAAUUACGAUGAGCUCAUCACAAAAGCUGUGGACUGUCCGCCCUGUUUAAUGUGUUUUUGUCUGAGCUGUCAUUUUAUAAUUUUUUUAAUAGGUUUGAAGUAAGGUCAGUUGAGCACAGCUUUUACCUCAGAUUGUUCUUCCCUUUGAAUGCGUGUGGUGAAAUGUCGUCCAGCUCACACAGAAGGGUCUCUUAAUGGGACGUUUUUGACAUUUCAGAGCUGCUGAGGCGAUAUUUGCACGGGAACGCCUCUGUGUUUCCGUUUCAAUUGUUGAUUCGUCUCAAAUGACACCCUUCAUCAAAUUGAGGUUGUCAGUGAUAAUGAGGGACAUGAAGAUGUAGCAUUGUGAUUGUGUUUUUUCUUUUUUUAGAUGUUUUUAUUAGACGUGUUUUUUUAAUUAAUUUGUAGUGUUACAUUUCUGGAGUGAGCUGUUAGAAGAUAACAGAUAAAGAUAACAAGGAGUAAAGAAGGAACAUUUUAUUUGUUGACACUCUGGAAACAGCCGAGGACAUGUUUUUUUCUAAAGAUGUUCUCAUUUUAAAAACAGUCUGGAAUGUGUAGUACGUUCCUACAGGAGAGGAGAGGUCAUUAAGUGAGGUUUUUUUACAAAAAAUGUAACUGGAAAAACAGCCUCACAACAUUUCUGCCUGUGUUACUACAUCCAAGACUGACACUGAUUUUACAGAAAUAUUUAUUCUGAUGGAUGAAAAAUAUUGAAAAACGCUGAAUUUCCCUGCGGAGAGAAAGUGAACUAUACAGACUACUGCAUGAAUACUACUUACUCAAAAAACGUUUCCACGUAUGCAGACAUAAUUAAAACAACUCAUAACAUUUAUAAAUGAUUGGCAGUUACAUUUUCCCGUAAAACUAUUUAGGCGACUUCUUGUUUACACAGUCGAUUGCUUUUGAUUGGAUGAAGCAAAUUGUUUCCGAGCAAAUGCUUAAUCAUUACUGAGGUCUUCACUAGUUAAGACCUUCCUUAUGUUUCACUGGUGCAACCUAAUUUAGUAAACUACUUGGGUUUCAAAUAAUUAUAUAAGAAAUUAUGAAGGAUUUUACACAAUCAAGGAAAAGGGUUUAGCUGGUCCAACCCAGUCUUACCCAUUUCCCCUGAAAGCUAAUGUUUUUUUCACCUUUCGCAGAUUUCACCUGCAAGCCUCCUCUAAAGUCCGCUGCUCAGAUUUUUACCAGCCUAAAAUUAUAUAUAAAAAAGAAAACCAAAUGAUAAAGUGCGGAAAUCCUUAGUGGCUUAUACGACUCUGAGAGCUAAUGGUCAACUGAAGAACAAUGUAGGAGAAAAAGAAACUGCCAAAACAUGCAUAGAAACAAGAGUGAAUACAAAUUCAAAUUCACUUUAAGUUCUAAACAAGCUUCUGUUAGAUAUUAAAGGGGUACUCUGGUAUUUAGGAUUUGACCAUGUGUAUAUGACAGGAAACAGUCAACUCACUCAGCACAGUGUAUGAAGAUGGUUAGCUUACGUCUGUAAAUUGGAAAAAUAAUAGCCUGGAUCAGUUCACUAAUUAAGGUGUAAAUCUUUUCACAAAGGGUUAGAUGCUGGAAGUAUGUCUUGGCAGGGGGCUCAAAUAAAAAAGAAAAUUGAUGUUCGGAUCAUUUCAGUUUUGAUGGACACUUGGGUGAUCCCAAUGCAAGUUUCAGAACUUUCAGUCAGAAGUUAUAUUUCUAAUCACUCUAAAAUACAGGCAUACAUAGCAUUGUUUAAAUGAAAAUAACGAGCAUUAGCCAUUUCUAUCAAACUGCCAAUAGAAACAGUCACAGAUCUUAUUCUCCAACAGGUUCUUUCUUCUCCACUUUUAUUUCUUAAGGGGGACAAUAAUGGUCUGGUUGUAAAGUUGAGCUUUUCUCAUGCAAUUGUUUGAAUGUGUUGCUGCACUUUAUACCAGAAUCCAUUGAAACACAAUCAACACAUUUGAUUUCCCUCCCACUGACACACAAAGAUAAAUCAGUAUUUCACUGUGGUGAUUUUGCACAAUGGGUUUGAUUUAAAAGAUGAUCUGUUUUUGACACUGCAUUUGUGUUUCAUUAGGAGUUUAGCAAACAACCUGAUAUGCUAUUGAUAUGGAUUGUAAAUGAUGUUAACUUUAGUGCCGACGGCUGUAGUGCUGCUUUGUGGAAUGCUCACAUUAGAUACAUGAUGCUAUAAAGUGACCUUUAGGUAUCUUCCUGAACUGAGCUGGACACUUCGCAUUUUGGUCUUCAAUUUCUGGAAGCAAAUGAUUUCUAUUUUUAUAUGUGCAAAAGAAGGCAGUGGCAUGUACUGUAUCAUAGAGGUAUAUGCUUUAAGGUCUAUCAAAUGUUGAUUCAGUAAUAUGAAGCAAUAAAAACAUUGUUGAAAUUA